GACGGGUAUCACAGGCGGACACACGUAUCCGGUCGGUCGGUUUCCGGUUCCGUGUACAGUAGAAUUCCGGGGUCAGGAAUGGCUCCUGUCCACCACUCUCGGAGCCGGAGCCCAGGCUCUCCCCGGAAAAGACGGCAUGACAGCGGCUCCCCGGGUAGGAAGAUGGCGAGGUCUCGGUCCAGAGACAUUGGAGUCGGUAACGGGCACCGGCGGAGCCACUCCAGAGACAGAGAUGUGUUCGUCAGGCCGCAUGCCAGCAGUAAACAAUGGGGGGAGUACUAUGACAAGGGGAAGGAGGAGAUCCUCCGACAGAGGCAGGAGGCCUUCAUCGCCAGGCGUUUAAAUGAAAGGGAAAGGAUUGGGGAGUUGGGAGCUCCAGAAGUUUGGGGUCUUUCACCUAAAGUUCCAGAACCUGACUCGGAUGAACACACACCUGUAGAAGACGAAGAAAAAUCAAAAAAAUCCAGUAGCUCUGAUUCUACUUCAGAAGAAGAAAAGAAGAAAAAAAGAAAGAAGAAAAAGAAGAAGAAAAAGUCAGCAAAAAAGAAAAGUAAAAAGCACUCUGAUGAAAGUGAGAGUGACUCUGAGUCGGAAAGCAGCGAUGAGAGUAAAAAAAAGAAAUCCAAGAAAAAGAAGAAAAAACAUCGAAAGAAGAAAUCAAAGGGAAAGAAAAGCAAGAAAAAUAGGAAAGAAUCGAGUGACUCCAGCAGUGAAGAAUCCGACGAUGACCAAAUGCAGGAAGAUAGCUGGGUAGAGCGAAAAGCUAUUCUGGAUGAUGCGGAAUUAAUCGGACCUGAAGCUCCAGUAUCACAUCUGUCACAAGACGAUAAGCCAUUAGACUACGGACAUGCUUUGCUACCUGGUGAGGGUGCUGCGAUGGCGGAAUAUGUUAAAGCUGGAAAGCGUAUCCCAAGGAGAGGUGAAAUUGGCCUUACAAGUAAUGAAAUUGCCUCUUUUGAGGUCUCGGGCUAUGUAAUGAGUGGAAGCAGACAUCGCCGUAUGGAAGCUGUCCGUCUGCGUAAGGAGAACCAGAUUUACAGUGCAGAUGAGAAGAGGGCGCUGGCUUCAUUCAACCAAGAAGAGAGGCGGAAGAGGGAAAAUAAAAUCCUGUCCAGCUUCAGAGAGAUGGUGUACAGAAAAACCAAAGUGAAAGAGGACAAAUGAGACCCUGUUGCAUCUACAGAACUGCUCCAGUACUGCAGGUUGUUCAGGGUCAUCAGAUUGAUGUCACCAGCAGGUAUUCUGCUGUCUUCAUCUUACCAGUCUUACCAAUUACCAACUCUCCAAAAAAAAGCUUUCAAGUGGCUGUGUACCCAUUCAUAAUGAACUAUUGCUAGGUAUUGAAACCUUUUGAGAUUUGAGGGCACCGCAAGCAUGCAACAAAGAGAAAAUCAUAUUUAAAACAAUUAUAAUGGAAAAUGGUUUUAUGCUUGCAAAAGCAUAAACUACCAUUUUUAAAGUUUGAGA